AUGGAGGCGCCGGCGCAGGCGCACCUUUUCGGCGGAGCACGGAACGCGGAGCGAGCUUUCGGCGCAGCGGGCGCCGGCGUGACGUCAUUAGCGGGUGAUGGAUGGCGGGCCGCGCUGACGGCCCGGAGAUUGCCGGCGGCGGCGCGCGUGCACGCGUUCGCGAUGCGUGCCGGCGCGCGGGAAAUACCUCUGCUGUUGCCCUUCCACUUGUUGAAUGCACGCAGCCAGCAUUUGGCACAGCAGCUUAAAAGAAAUCCACCUGUGCCGCUGGUGAUCUUUCGCUACUGGCGAGGUAAUGCCCAGCAGCACAAGGGGGCGGCGCCGCCGCCGCCGCCGCCGCCGCAGCCGAGUGAAUCUGAAAGGCGGCGGGGCGGGUGCUCCAUAUUUACGAGCGGCUGCGGACGCUGCCAACUGCCGCCCGGGGCGCAGCAGGGGCCGAGCCGCCACCCGGCAACCCGCUGCCACUCUGCACGCAGCGCCGCAGACGUCGGUCCUUUGAAAGUCGUCGCCCUUCCCAAGACGCGCUGUCGACGCAGGCAGAGGCUGCAGGAGCAGCGCCGCCGGAUCGCGGAGCGGAGACGCAGCGAACCGACGAGUGCCGGGCUGGGUUUACUACGGGGCGGAUAUGGCGCCGGCGUCUCUGCCGCUUUGUGCUGCUUCCCGCCCCCGUCCACCCCCGCCCCUCGCGGCGGGUCUCAUAUUAAAAGCCACGCCUGUAAUCCCCCACCCCCACCCCCACCCCCGCCCGCAGCCCGCAGCCCGGCGGCUGUUUGCCCGCCAGAUGGAGCGGCUAGAAGCUCGCAGCACCCCCACUCACCCCUACGCACGGCCGCCCCUCACCGGCUGAGAGCAGCGCGGGGCAUCGUCGGCGCGUCCGUGCAGACACGAUUCGAGGAUAAAACUCUGAGGCCCGCAGUACUCGCUUAA